GAACGCCAUUAUACCAACGAAGAAGAAUGUCGCCAAAGCCAGUUAGACCACAGCUUGAAGUUAUUGUUGUGUUUGAGGCACGAGUUAUUAAAUGUAGCUUAGCUAGAGUAGCCUCCAAAUGUUAUAGUAGUAACGUUAGCUAGCCGUCUUCAAAGGAAGAAGAUGUCAACAAGUGCUGUCACGAUGUUAAUCAUCACUGCUGCUGUAUGCAGCCUGUUGCUCGUUGCUCAAGGGCAGAUGGACGAUGAGGAAUGGAUUGAUCCAUAUGAUAUGUUGAACUACGACCCAAGCACAAAGACCAUGAGAAAGCCUGCUGAGGUUUCACAGCUGCCUUCAUGUAAUCUGGUGUUCAAGCAAUUCCUCACCAAGUUUCUAAAGGAGAUUAAAAAAUUUGGCCUGCCCAGUGAUUUCCAGAAUGAUCUCUACUACGACGCCAAAGUAAGACUGUCUCGGCAAGCGUUGGCGGAGUUCUGGAAGCUUCUGGAGGGAAUGGACACCUGUAGAAUGGGGGAUCUGGACGAUGCCCUCAGCCAGAUCCUGGUGGAUCUCAAACCACAUGAACUCGAGGCCUCGAGAUGGCACUUUGAGGACACCUUUGGUGUGGAGAUCGACACAGUCAUGAAGGUGUUUGUUUGUGUCUUAGUUAUAGUGGUCAUCGUCUGCAGCGAGCUGUGGUCUACAGUCUCCUGGUUUGUCCAGUUCAAGCGAAUCUUCACCAUCUGCUUUCUCAUCGGUCUGGUGUGGUUUUGCUUCCUCCUCUACAAGAUUGACUUUGCCGUCGACGCGAAAUGCACCGGGAAAAUUGACUGGUGGAACUUAAAUGAUUGGUACAGAGGUGCCAUGACUCUCCAGGAAGGUCUCUGUAAGAUGUACAACAAAGUCCUCACCGUCAGCCCAAUCCUUCUCGUAUCCCAAGCGAAGAACUUUGGCCAGAGGAUCAGCGAGUUGCUCGUAGCCAUCAAGGUCCUACCGGUCACCCGGGAUAUCCCUGUGCUCCUCUUCGUGCUUUCCAUCCUGGUGUUUAUGUACUGUAGCUGCCAGGCAGCCAUCAAGCACUGCAUUACGAGACUGCUGAGAAUCGGCAGGCCCAGGGACACCCCUCCUCCAGCCAUGGACCAGCCCGAGCCCCAGGCCCAUCCUGGAGGUACAAACCAUGACCCACUGGCAGGGGGGGAGGCCCUUCAAUGCUCCCCUCCCAGAAACGUGGAGACCCUUAGGAACGACGACUGUCCGUUUAGCAACGCCCAGGAAGAGGUACAACAACCAGUUGUAGGUGGGGCCACAACUGCAGGCAAUGACUCACAAGAAGCAAAACCCUCUCUAGCUAAAGCCAAACCCAAUGAGAGGGACGUGACGUCUGAAUCUAAGGUGGCUACUGACGGGGAGUCUAAGCAGCUGGCCGAGAGGCAGCCCUCACCAACUACACAGGGGAAUAAUACGCAGGAGAAGUCAUCAGAAGAGAAGACUAUCUCAGGGCAGCAUGGUGAAACUGAUAGGGUGCCUGUACAAGAGACUGAACCAACGUCGCUAGCACUAUAGACUAUAUUCUUGUCAUUGACAGCAGUGCGAAAUCUCAAAUCCAUUGGAUGCCUUAAGCCAGUUAUGAAGAUGCAGUUUCUCAAGAUAAUGAAGAAUACUUUUUAUUUCAUUUUUUAAAAAUGUUUUUCAGUUUACAAUGUAGGCCAGUGUUUUUUUUUAUCUUAAAAAAAAAAUAGCAGGUUGUUUACCUGUCUUACAUUCUUUUUUUGUUAUGGAAAGACCACCCUUAAUAUUGUAUAGAUUCCAUCAAUGUAAUUGUCCAUCAUUUACAAUCCCCCAUAUUUUUUGUUUAUAUAUAUAUAUAUAUAUAUAUUUUUUUUUUUAAACACACAGUACUGUUCAAAACACCAGUCUCAACAUCAACAGUGAAGAGGCAACUCCGAGAUGCUUGCCUUCUAGGCAGAGUUCCUUUGUCCAGUGUCUGUGUUCUUUUACCCAUCUUGAUCUUUUCUUUUUAUUGUCCAGUCUGAGAUAUGGCUUUUUCUUUGCAACUCUGCCUAGAAUUCCAGCAUCCCGUAGUCGCCUCUUCACUGUUGAUGUUGAGACUGGUGUUUUGCGGAUACUAUUUAAUGAAGCUGCGAGUUGAGUACUUGUGAUGCAUCUGUUUCUCAAACUAGACACUAAUGUACUUGUCUUCUUGCUAAUUUGUGCACCGGGGCCUCCCACUCUUUCUAUUCUGGUUAGAGCCCGUUUGCGCUAUUCUGUGAAGGGAGUAGUACACAGCAGUGUACGAGAUCUUCAGUUUCUUGGCAAAUUCUCGCAUGGAAUCGCCUUCAUUUCUCAGAACAAGAAUAGACUGAUGAGUUUCAGAAGAAAGUUCUUUGUUUCUUGCCAUUUUGAGCCUGUAAUCGAACCAACAAAUGUUGAUGCUCCAGAUACUCAAGUAGUCUAAAGGCCAAUUUUAUUGCUUCUUUAAUCAGCAUGACAGCUUUCAGCUGUGCUAACAUAUUUGCAAUAGCCAUUUAAAAUUAUAAACUUGGAUUAGCUAUAAACUAUCAAAAUAGUCUCACACCAUGUUACCUCCCAGCAAUUUAAUGGGUUUUUACCAACAUUUCGGCAUCACUGUGCCUUCCUCAGGGUAAUGUCAUGAAUACUUGAACCAGGUUAUGUUGACGCAGUGAAAUUAGUGUAACCAAUGACAAUAGUGAGGGGUGUGUCAUAAUGAUUAAGUUAAUUAAAAUGAAUGAAACUGUUGAAUUGUAUAUGGCAUAUCAAAUAUAGUAUGCUAUAGUUAUCAUAUAGAAACAAUGGAAUAGUGUACAUAUCAGCGUCAACAUAUAUUAUUGUUAAAUUCAAUUUCACAUUGUUUUUGUUACAUGUAAUAUGUUGGUUCAACCUUAAUAUAUAAUUAACAUCAACAGGGGGAACACAUUAGGAAUACGCUUAUAAGCUGUAAAAAAAAAUAUUUAUAAGAUUUGUUCAUGGAGGAAAAUGUGUUCAUAAGAAGGGCCUGAGAUCAAAGUCAAUAUUCAGACCACUAGGGGUCAAUGUUUUUAGAUAGGAUAUCCACUAACCCUCCCUUUGUAGUAGUAGGAUCUCGAUGUUACCUCCUCUCCUUGGUAGAGAAACAUGCUCAAUGCCUGUGUAUUUGAGGGAGGAGAUGGGAUGGUUAGCUUCAACAAAGUGAGCUGCUACUGGAUAGUCAAUGUUCUUACACCUGAUUGAGCUGCGGUGUUCAGCUAUGCGUUGUUUUAAUUGUCUUUUCGUUUGUCCUACGUAGGCUUUUCCACAUGAACAGGUGAUGAGAGAUUACUCCCUUGGUCUUGCAUGAGAUGAUACCCCUAACAGUUAUCUUUUGACCUGUAUGUGGGUGUCUGAAGAAAAAUGUUUUUGUUGUCUUAUUGCACUGUGCGCAUAGCAUCGUAUUGCGCUUUGUGUAUAAGUCUGUGUAAUGCAUCAUUCUUUGAUAAUCCAUAAUUCCAGGUAGUUUAUUUUUCUCUCAUCAGUCUGCAUGGUGAAUUAGGUAUUCAGAGCUCUUGUUUAGUAGAGUUUGGAAUUCAUUUAGUUCCUGCUGACUUCCUUCCCAGAGCACAAUGACAUCUAUGUAUCUCUUCCAUAGCAGUAUUUUAGAAAGUAAGGGGUGUGUCUCUGUUUUAAAAAAGGAAUGCUUCUCCAAAUUGUCCCACAUACAGGUUUGCAUAGUUGGGGAAAAAGGGGAGCCCAUGGCUGCACCCUAAAUUUGAAGGGAAAGGUCUGACUGAAAGACAAAGUAGUUAUGGGAUAAUACCAGUUCAGUAAGAUGUAAGAUGCAAUCAUUGGAUGGAGCAAGGGUAGAGUCUCUCUGCUGAAGGAAGUGUUGUAGCGCCCGCAAGCCUCCAGUGUGUGGGAUGUUAGUGUACAAGCUCUCCACAUCAAAAGUGGCCAGGAGGAUGCCCCCUGGAACUGAAACUUGGAUUAGCUAACACAAUGUGCCAUUGGGACACAGGAGUGAUGGUUGCUGAUAAGUGGAACCUGUGUAGCUAUAAACUGCUUUUUUAAAUUUAAUUUAUGGAAUAGCUACAAUAGUCAUUUACACCAUUAACAAUGUCUACACUGUAUUUCUGAUCAAUUUUAUGUUAUUUUAAUGGACAUAAAUAGUUUUUGAAAGAAAAUAAGGAAAUGUCUAAGUGACCCCAAACUUUCAAACGGUUGUGUGUGUGUGUGUAUACAUACAUACCCACACUCAGUUAAGUCGGUUUACAUACACUUAAGCCAAAUACAUUUUAAACUCAGUUUUUCACAAUUCCUGACAUUUAAUCCUAGUAAAAAUUCCCUGUCUUAGGUCAGUUAGGAUCACCACUUUAUUUCAAGAAUGUGAAAUGUCAGAAUAAUAGUAGAGAGAAUGAUUUAUUUCAGCUUUUAUUUCUUUCAUCACAUUCCCCAGUGGGUCAGAAGUUUACAUGCACUCAAUUAGUAUUUGGUAGCAUUGCCUUUAAAAUGGUUUAACUUGGGUAAAAUGUUUGGGGUAGCCUUCCACAAGCUUCCCACAAUAAGUUGGGUGAAUUCUGGCCCAUUCCUCCUGACAGAGAUGGUGUAACUGAGUCAGGUUUGUAGGCCUCCUUGCUCGAACACACUUUUUCAGUUCUGCCCACAAAUUUUCUAUAGGAUUGAGGUCAAGGCUUUGUGAUGCCCACUCCAAUAUCUUGACUUCGUUGUCCUUAAGCCAUUUUCCCACAACUUUAGACGUAUGCUGGGGGUCAUUGUCCAUUUGGAAGACUCAUUUGCAACCAAGCUUUAACUUCUUGACUGAUGUCUUGAUGUUGCUUCAAUAUAUCCACUAUUUUAUUUCCUCAUGAUGUCAUCUAUUUUGUGAAGUGCACCAGUUCCUCCUGCAGAAAAGCACCCCCACAUCAUGAUGCUGCCACCCCCGAGCUUCACGGUUGGGAUGAUGUUCUUCGGCUUGCAAGCCUCCCCUUUUUUCUCCAAACAUAACGAUGGUCGUCAUGGCCAAACAGCUAUUUUUGUUUCGUCAGACCAGAGCACAUUUCUCAAAGUGUACGAUCUUUGUCCCCAUGUGCAGUUGCAAACCAUAGUCUGGCUUUUCUAUGGGGGUUUUGGAGCAUAUUCUUCUUCCUUGCUGAGCGGCCUUUCAGGUUAUGUCGACAUAGGACUCGUUUUACUGUGGAUAUAGAUACUUUUGUACUUGUUUCCUCCAGCAUCUUCACAGGGUCCUUUGCUGUUAUUCUGGGAUUGAUUUGCACUUUUCGCACCAAAAUACGUUCAUCUCUAGGAGACCGAACACGUCUCCUUCCUGAAUGGUGUGACGGCUGCUUGGUCUCAUGGUGUUUAUACUUGCGUACUAUUGUUUGUACAGAUGAACAUAGUACUUUCAGGCGUUUGGAUAUUGCUCCCAAGGAUGAACCAGACUUGUGGAGGUAUACAAUUGUUUUUCUGAGGUCUUGGCUGAUUAAAAAAAAAAAAAAUCCCAUGAUGUUAAGCAACGAGGCACUGAGUUUGAAGGUAGGCCUUGAAAUACACCCACAGGUACACCUCCAAUUGACUCAAAUGAGAUUAUUUAGCGUAUCAGGAGCCACUAAAGCCAUGACAUCAUUUUCGGGAAUUUUCCAAGCUGUUUAAAGGCACAGUCAAUGUAGUGUAUGUUAACUUCUGACACAGUGAAUAAGUGAAAUAAUCGGUCUGUAAACAAUAGUUGGAAAAAUUACUUGUGUCAUGCACAAAGUAGAUGUCCUAACCGACUUGCCAAAACUAUAGUUUGUCAACAAGAAAUUUGUGGAGUGGUUGAAAAACAAGUUUUAAUGACUCCAACCUAAGUGUAUGUAAACUUCCGACAUCAACUGUAUAUACACACAAAUAUAUACAGUACCAGUCAAAGUUUGGACACAUCUACUCAGUCCAUUUAUUUUUUUCAUUUUUAAAAAACUAUUUUCUACAUUGUAGAAUAAUAGUGAAGACAUCAAACUAUGAAAUACCUCAUAUGGAAUCAUGUAGUAACCAAAAAAGUGUUAAACAAAUAAAAAAAUAUUUGAGAUUCUUCAAUAUCAGGUUUUGCCUUUGACAGCUUUGCACAAGUUCCUUACUACUUUUUUUUCUUCCAAUCAGUGGAUUUGAGUUUUACCACUAUUUAUUGUAUUAUUUGUUCUUAUAUGAAUAAAGGGGAAAAAGGCCAUUCUUGAA